CACUUCAUGUCUUGCGAUUAUGCUGAAGGUUUGUCUCCCUAUGAAAACAAAGGUGAAGUAGGAAUGCCCGAAAUUUAUGACGAAACUGAUUCAGUUAAUAAGAAAGCAAGACGGCUUGCCGCCAUGAUUAAAGAAAGCAGCUAUACGGUUUUGCACACGGGAGCAGGAAUCUCAACAUCUUCGGGUAUCCCUGAUUUUAGGGGGCCCAAAGGAGUGUGGACACUCGAAAAGCUUGGUGAAAAGCCGUCAGUUAAUGUUUCUUUCGAUACUGCUCGUCCAACGUAUACCCACAAAGCUAUAAAUAAGCUUGUCCAAUUGAACUAUGUUAAUUUUGUCGUCAAUCAAAAUAUUGACGGUCUGCAUUUAAAAGCUGGUACAUCAACUGAGGUGAUCGCUGAUAUGCACGGCAACGUUUUCAUCGAACAGUGUCAUAAAUGCAGGCGGAAAUUUAUAAGAGAAACUAGUGUACCGACUGUUGGAUUGAAGUUUACCGGAAAUAAGUGCCCAUUUUUCAGCGGAAAUUCGGAAAAGUUACGAUGUCGCGGUAAAAUGAAAGACACGAUUCUGGAUUGGGAAGACGAAUUACCAAACAAAGAGCUGAAUAAUGCUGUUACAAAUUCAAAAAAAGCUGAAUUGUCUAUAUGUCUCGGAAGUUCACUCCAAAUUUUACCUUGCAACGAGUUUCCUAAGUUGACGAAAAAGAAUAGAGGAAAAUUAGUUAUUGUUAAUCUCCAGCGAACACCGUUAGAUAAAUUUGCAGACCUACAAAUAUUUGGAAAAGUGGAUGAAGUUAUGAAAAUAGUUAACGACGAAUUAAAUCUAGACGUAAGUUGAUUUGCAAUACAGUAGAUAGGACUUAGAAGAUUAAUUAGACACUUUGCUGAAAUAGACUAGUGUACUAAAAUGUUAUUUGACUUCUUUCUUAAACAUAUCUGUUAGUGUUGUUAGCUGAAAUUUGAUAUUUUGAGUCUUGUUGUCAUUGAACAUGAAAUUUAUAUUUU